AUGUACAUUUGGGAAAAUCAGCAUAAAGAUAUCCAGACCGAGGUUAGAUAUGAACCACUGUAUGAAAUAGACACGCAGUUACAGGGCGGUCAGUCAAUGGGACAGGACUUCCAGGGACAAGAUAUCCAGACCGAGGUUAGAUAUGAACCAUUGUAUGAAACAGACACGCAGUUACAGGGCGGUCAGGCAAUGGGACAGGCCUUCCAGGGAGGUGGUGGAGUCUGCAUCCCCGGAGGCGCUCAGGACGUGCAGCCCCGGCGGUCGUGUGUGUUAACCCCUGGGCGACGGGGCUCGCUGGUUCGGAGGGGCCACAGCGGCGGUGCUGGGCUGGCGGCCGGGCCGGACGCCCUCACAGGUCCCUCACAGGCCCCUCACAGGUCCCUCACAGGCCCCUCACCCGACAAGGAGCUCUCGUACCGGCAGCAGGCGGCCAACCUCAUCCAAGACAUGGGCCAGCGCCUCAACGUAUCUCAGCUUACGAUAAAUACUGCAAUUGUUUACAUGCACAGGUUUUAUAUGCAUCAUUCCUUCACAAAAUUUAAUCGAAAUAUAAUGUCUCCCACGGCAUUGUUUUUGGCUGCAAAAGUGGAAGAACAGCCACGGAAACUUGAACAUGUUAUUAAAGUAGCAAAUGCCUGUCUUCAUCCUCAAGAGCCUCAACUGGAUACAAAGAGUGAUGCAUACCUUCAACAAGCCCAAGAGCUGGUUAUACUUGAAACAAUAAUGCUUCAAACUUUAGGUUUUGAGAUUACCAUUGAACAUCCACACACAGAUGUUGUGAAAUGUACACAGUUAGUGAGAGGUAGCACUGAUUUCAAGUGAUAGUGUCAAAAUAAGAAUUCAAUGAAGGCUGCAUUCAAUCUGCGGUUAAACCCCUUGUGCCCAGAUAUUCCAUUAAAUGCAUGUUACAGUAAGUUCUCU